AGCAAAGCAGAAUUAAGAAGGGUGUCUCGGGAGUUUCCCAGGGCACAAAGCCAGCCGCCGUGCACGUUAUCUUGACCGCGGAUGAAAGCGGUGAGCCCCGGGAAGAGCCAGCGAGCUCAGCUUUGGGCUGCUGCCGCCCCUGCUCCGCAGCCUCAAAGCCCUGCAGUUAGCUCCUGCACCACGCGGUGGCACCCAGAAACUGAAGGAGGAGGAGCAGGAUGGACGUCCUGCGGCCCACCCUGAUCAGGAUCGGGGGGCGAGUAUACAGGAAGAAUCUCAUUCAAGAGCAGGCCUACCAGCACGAGGAGGACGAUUUCUGCACAGGCCCCAGUGACUGUGCAGAUGAACCCUGUGAUGCCUUUAUGGUGGAAGAGACUGAGAAAGGCUUCCAGUGCAGAGUGGAGGUUCCCAGCCCGUUAUACAAGUACAUCAUUGGAAAAAAAGGGGAAACCAAGAAGAGACUAGAAACAGAGACUCGAACUUCCAUCAGCAUUCCCAAGCCUGGAGUGGAAGGAGAAAUUGUGAUCACAGGGCAGCAUCGCAGCAGUGUCAUCUCUGCCCGAACGCGGAUCGAUGUUCUCCUGGACAGCUUUCGAAAGAAGCAGCCCUUCACACACUUUCUGUCCUUUGCUCUCAACCAGCCCGCCAUCCAGGAGAGGUUUCUGCAGUUCAAGGAGGAAGUGUUGGAGAAAUGCUCAAAGGAUCAUGGGGUCAGCAGCAGCCUGUUCCAGAACCCUGCAAAGCUUCACCUGACUCUUGGGACGCUGGUACUUCUGAACAAGCAAGAGAUCCAGAAAGCGUGUGACCUGCUACAGCAAUGCAAAGAGGACUUUGUGGACCAAAUUACUGGAGGCAAGCCCCUGACCGUGGAGGUGGCAGGAGUGGAGUACAUGAACGAUGACCCUGCCAUGGUGGAUGUCCUUUAUGCCAAAGUCCACAUGAAGGAUGGCUCGGACAGAUUGCAGGUGAUCGCUGAUAAGCUGGUGGAAAGGUUCGUGGCCUCUGGCCUGAUGCUUAAAGAAUGGGAUAGGGUGAAGCUGCAUGCUACAGUCAUGAACACUGUCUUCAGGAAAGAUCCAAGUGCUGAAGAGCGAAACAAUACAAUGACUGGUAAAUCAUCUUUCAAGGAACGGGAGUCGUUUAAUGGCCGAAAUAUCCUCAAGGCUGCACCGGAGGCGGGCCGCCCCACUUGCAGAUCCCUGCGUCCUUAUCGCUCAGGGGAAGAGGAAAGUCGUUCUAGGCCAUCGUUCUGCUCGCUGGAGCCCAGGUGGGGAGCGCGGCUCAUCGUUAAAAAGUUGAAAAUAACGCCGUUUUUCUUAAAGGCAGUACCUGGAAGAUGUAUUUCCAACCGCAGCAGCCUCACUUAGGCUCAGCACCGCUGCUUUGGAGGCAGCACGUGCACCCGCCGUGGGCCGUCGCUGUGUUUUCUCUCCAUCCCGAGAAUCCUCCCAGGGAGAAGAAAUUUUUGUGUGUGUGUGCCGGGAGCUGCCGGGAAGGAGCCCCGCUCCCCCCACUGCUCCUUCGCGGCUGCAGCCGGGGCGAGUUGUCACCGUCCUUCCUCGCCGAGCCUGAGCGGGCGGAGAUGGCCGGGUGGAAGAUGGAGGGGACAGGGAUUUGGCGGGGAUGGAGCCGGGGGGGGGGGGGGGGGCACGGCAGGAACAGGGGGUGUGGGGUGGGGACAUA